GUUCACAACACCUAUUCACCACAUCACAUCCCAUUCCACUUAACAAUGGCAUCCAAAGCAACUUUGCUCUUAGCUUUUACCCUUCUCUUUGCCACUUGCAUUGCCCGCCACCAGCAACGGCAACAGCAACAGAACCAGUGCCAGCUUCAAAACAUCGAGGCGCUCGAGCCCAUCGAAGUUAUCCAAGCUGAAGCCGGUGUGACCGAAAUUUGGGACGCCUAUGACCAACAGUUCCAGUGUGCGGGUGUCGAUUUUAUUCGACACCGGAUUCAACCUGGUGGCCUUCUCUUGCCUUCCUACGUCAACACCCCUAUUUUGGCCUUCGUCGAGAGAGGUAGGGGUAUUCAGGGGGUUAUAUUGCCGGGAUGCCCGGAAACCUAUGAAUAUUCGCAGGAGCAACAGUUUUCCGGUGAGGGUGGCCGCAGAGGAGGAGGAGAGGGCAAUCAGGACCGUCAUCAGAAAGUAGAGAACUUAAAGGAGGGUGACGUGGUUGCCAUCCCCACCGGAACAGCUCACUGGCUUCACAACGACGGCAACACAGAACUUGUGGUGGUCGUCUUCUUGGAUACUCAGAACCAUGAGAACCAGCUUGACGAAAACCAAAGGAGAUUCUUCUUAGCCGGAAACCCUCAAGCUCAAGCUCAAAGCCAGCAGCAACAACAAAGACAACCACGCCAACAAUCUCCUCAAAGGCAAAGGCAAAGGCAAAGGCAAAGGCAAGGGCAAGGUCAGAACGCCGGCAACAUCUUCAACGGUUUCACCCCCGAGCUCAUUGCACAAUCAUUCAACGUCGACCAAGAGACCGCCCAGAAGCUACAAGGACAAAACGACCAGAGAGGCCACAUUGUUAAUGUCGGACAAGACCUUCAAAUAGUCCGCCCACCACAAGACAGACGCUCUCCUCGCCAACAACAAGAGCAGCGACGCUCUCCUCGCCAACAACAAGAGCAGCAGCAAGGCAGACGUGGCGGAUGGAGCAACGGUGUGGAAGAAACCAUCUGCAGCAUGAAGUUCAAAGUGAACAUUGACAACCCUUCCCAGGCUGACUUUGUAAACCCGCAAGCCGGCAGCAUUGCAAACCUCAACAGCUUCAAAUUCCCCAUUCUCGAGCACCUCCGGCUCAGCGUGGAAAGAGGCGAACUCCGUCCGAAUGCCAUCCAAUCCCCACACUGGACAAUCAACGCCCACAAUCUUCUCUACGUAACCGAGGGAGCCUUGAGGGUACAAAUCGUCGACAACCAAGGAAACUCAGUUUUCGACAACGAGCUCCGUGAGGGACAGGUGGUGGUGAUCCCGCAGAACUUUGCGGUGAUCAAGAGAGCCAAUGAACAAGGAAGCAGGUGGGUGUCUUUCAAGACUAAUGAUAAUGCCAUGAUAGCAAACCUUGCAGGGCGUGUGUCCGCCAUCAGCAGCAUGCCGGUUGACGUUGUGGCGAAUGCGUAUCAGCUAUCUCGAGAGGAAGCUCAGCAGCUCAAGUUUAGCCAGAGGGAGACGGUUUUGUUUGCACCAAGUUUUUCCAGGGGCCAAGGGAUCAGGGCUUCAGCUUAAGUCAAAUGUGUAGUUGCAUGUUAACUUCAACUUGAAGAAUAAAAGAUGUAAGGGAGUUAUGUAAUAUAAGUGCAAGAGUAAUAAGAGCUUCACGUAUGUUUAUGCAAUUAUCUAAAUAAAAUAUUGUCUCGCUUUUGCUUAA